AAUUAUCUUAAAAGAAGGGGGAUGCAACAUUUAGUACAGAAAUUAGAUUCAGUUUAAUUGUCAGUGUUUGGUUACGGUGAUGCUGUUAAUUCCCACUGGUCCGUGAAGUACGCACGAGAUGUCAGCCUGUGACGCACCCCGCGAGAGCAGGUGUAACAUGCAGAAGUGGAUGCCGUGUAUCGUGAGUCGCAACUGAUUAAUAAAAGGAGCAUCGAUUAAAAAGCACGUCGUUGUCUGUGGAUGAAUCUGCACGUUUGAUGGGAUCAAGAACACAACAUUGAAAGUAAGGCGCUCAAAACGUACUAUGACCGCUUUGAGGCUUAAGUAAUGCCCAAAACAAAUGUUAUUUUUGCUCGCUACAAGUUUCACGAGAAAGUACAAGGGGCCAGUGAACCUUUCGAGCAGUUUGUAACAGAUUUGAGGCUGCUUGCCAAGGACUGCAACUAUGCUAACAGCGAAGAAAUGAUCAGAGACCGUGUGGUGUUCGGCAUUUACUCGCCCAGAGUCAGAGAGAAAUUACUGAGCGUCGGUUCUGAUUUAACGCUGGAGAAGGCGAUUGACGUCGCCAGAUCUCACGAAAUAGCUCAAGCACAACUCAAAACGUUUGCUGGCAACGACCACAAUGUCCACGCCAUUGAGCGCCAUUCAUCCAAAACGGCCUCAUGGAAACCGCGCCAAAGCAGAUCAAAGAGAAACACCUUCCAUGUUCGGACAGCAGGGGGCGACAAUGAACGAUUCAAAACCUGCUCCUAUUGUGGAAACAAGAUGCACGGUGUGCAGGAGACCUGUCCAGCUAAAGGUAAACAAUGCAAAACAUGUAAUAAAUGGAACCAUUUUGCAAAAGUGUGUUGCUCAGGACAAAACAAAGGCGUGCACACAGUGAGCCAAGACGUUUCUAGUGAAAUGAUGGAACGCACAGAGGAUUUAUUCAUUGAUGUCGUCACAAAGGAAAGUGAAUGUGAAAAAACAGACCAGGUCUUCGCAGAAGUGC